AUAAGUCGGUGACUAAGUCUCUUAUAUUCAAUUAAAUUAAAUUUUAUUUUUUCAUGAGUAUGGUAUACAUUAAAAAAAAAUGAUUUUAAAAAGCUUCACGUGUUUUUUUGCAUUUCUUGCAGUAUAUAUCUCGCAAACCACAUCGAUCACCGUUAAAGAUAUUUAUAAUAUAAAUACAGUGAGCAAAUAUGUAGACGCAAUCCACGAACAGGCUUUAGCGGUAGAAGUUCCAAAAAAUGUAACUGACGAAGAAAAAUAUCGAGUUCUGAAAGAAGUUUUUAACUAUAUGGUUACAGUUCUAGAAGAGUUGAAUGCUGUCACAACCGAUUCUAAGCGUAAUUUCUGGCCCUUGGAUUUACCGGAAUUUCUAAAGGUGUUCGAUAGAGAAAAAAUGAAGCACAAUUACUUCCCACCAAGCUUCUUGAGCUCUUUCACGGGAAUAAUUAGUGAAAGAUUUAGAACGAUCGAUGUUCACGUAGGCUCGAUUUUUGACAUAAAAAAAAAUUUUUUUGAUAACAAACAUGAUCUUUGUAUAUUUGUACCAAAACUUUUGAUAUUUAUUAACACUGAUGAACGGUUUCCGCAUGAAGGGAUUGAUGAAGAGUACUUGAAAUUGCUUGAUAAUAUAGCAGCGCAGAUGACAGGCGGAAUCCAACACAGGUUUUGUCACAAAUCAACUUCACUUCACCAAGGAAUGCUAGAUUAUUUCCGGCAGGUUAUGACAGCGUACUUGAAAAAAUCAGUUAUGAUCUAUUAUCUCAAUAUCAUUCAUGCUAGAUGUACAAACGACAACCAAAAAUCCUGGAUGUCAAAAUACGUAAAAGAAAUAAAAAACACCUUCAGAGUGAGCAUCAUCCAAACCAUGUGCGUCCUCAAAAAUAUCAAGCACUCAAUGUUCAGAUGCGACCCCCAGUUCAACACCACAGACCGACAGAAAACUCAUUACGAGCUGGAAAGAAUGAUGCAAACGGUGAUUAUCAAAGAAGAAGACUUAACUACCGACAGAUCCUGCAGCCACAAUUGCGAUUUAGAGUUCAUAAAACCGAAGAUCAAUCUCACCGAAUGCGCGGAUUAUCGGGAUUGUCAGUAUAUUGAGGGUGGUUACGAAAUUUGUGAAGCUAAUCCAAGAAGUUCAAGACUCUACCAAUGGGUUGUGGAUGAAAAAGGUGUUUUCUACGGAGACAAUUCGACAGAUCUUUGCUUGAAUAAUAUUGUUGAGAGAUACAGUAAGUUGUCAUUCACCAAAUUCCGUUGGUGCGAUUACUGUGUUUGUACUUGUGUCAAAAAGCCGUCUAAAAACCGGGAUAUCAUUGCUGCGAUUAGUUUGCGGGACCAAGUCAGUGAUAUGCGUAAAAACUUAGUGGUUGUAGGCGUAAGGUUUAUAAAGAAGGAUCACAUGAUCCAGGUCCAGAUAAAAGAAGGAAAGAUCAGGCCCAGAAGAUUUAUAGAUCACGGCGUAUGGAAAGAAACUGAAAAAUUCUUCUAUGAUUACUGGAAAAAAACUCUCUUUGUUAUAAAUGAUGACGGGACUCAAAGUCUACUUCAAUUGGGAAUUGAUUACGCUCUUCCCGAAGAAAUCCACUUCGACGAUUUGGUGGCUCCCGAAGGAUGCGUUGUCACGGGAGUCAGAUUUAGAUUCGCUGGUGACUCGCUAGGUUUUCCCAAGAAAAUCAACGGGCCUAUUCAGCUGCAGAUCAGAGUGACACCUUUCGAUUACUUCACGGGAAAAUUGAAGGACCUUACUGAGACCAAGUGGAUCGUUCCGGAAUUUAAAGCAACGAGGAAAGAAUUGGCGCUGACGGAACCAGAUUUACCGACAAAGUCCUCCGUGAAUAAAUUGAACUCUAAAACAGACCAGUUCGUCAAGUUCAAGGCUUCGGAUUUGAAGAAAGACGUCGGGCAAUCAACAGUACCGUUUUUUGAUGCUCAAGAAGCUGAAGAAGAACAUGAGGCUCCUUUGGGAGGAGUUGGACUUAUUCAUCGUGGCCAAGAAGGUUUUGGAGGAUUCUUGGCAUUUAGAGUUUUCGAUUUAGAUCUCACGAAUAAUUUCAUUGGGACUUAUGAUUGAAGACUUGCA